GAGGACUUGCAAACAAUUUUCGACUCCGACAUCAAUCUUUCUUGCCCCAAUAUACCAGGCAAACCACCGCCAGCAUAUUCGAGCUCUAUCCUGGAGUAUCUAACAGCACUGGCCCAAGAACGCUCGACAACCAAUCAGCCUCAGGUGGCAAUAGGGAUCAAGACGCCACCGUACACGUAUCACGAUCAAUUCCAGGUUCUGAUUGAUGCUUUACUUGCGGCAAGCAACCCGACCUGUCAUGUCGACUUCAUCACGGCCACGAACACGCUGGGGUCAAGUCUGGUAUUGCGGAAUGAUUUUUGCACUCCAGUCCUUGAAUCUGCCUCCGGUUUGGGUACAGGUGGAAUGGCUGGUGCACCGAUUCAUUCGCUUGCUUUGGGAAAUGUCAAGACGAUCCGAGCAAUGCUUGACAAGCACGAAGAGCUGCAAGGCAUUGACAUUAUAGGCAUUGGUGGUGUUAGUGAUGGUGCUGGUUUCCAAAGAAUGCGUGCUGUUGGUGCUGAGGUCGUUGGCGUUGGUACUGCUCUGGGACGCGAAGGUGUGGCCGUAUUUGCACAGAUA